AUGAUCGAAAACAACUACGUCGAAAAUGGAAUCUCUCUCGCCAACAUCACAAGAGAUAUCUUCUCCAAAGUGAUCGAGUAUUGCAAGAAACACGGCGUCGUUGUCCUCAAUGGUGAUGGUGGUUCGACUGAAGAGGAGCUCAAGGAGUGGGACACAAAUUUUAUGAAUGAUAUUGAUCAGUCGACUCUCUUUAUGGCUGCUAAUUAUCUAAACAUCCAGAAUCUUCUUACUCUUACUUGCUUGAGUGUCGCCGAUAUGAUCAAAUGCAGAACUCCAUAA